AUGGACACGAACACCCAAGCCGAAGAUAUAAGCCGUCUCUGCCCGUCAUGCGCCAGCUUCGACGUACGGGCUCUUUAUGCUGCUCUAGCCUCUGCUCCCCGUGGCAAGGAUAUGGAGUGGCCGCAUCUUAUCGACCCGGAGAGGGAUCCUGAUUGUUUGCGCGACGGGGUUCUGCGCUUCCAUGCCCUACACCCUAGCCUGUCUGCUCUCCAGGCUUCCGCACAGGCGUGCGACUUCUGUGCCGCCAUUUUCGAUCAGAUGAUGCGCCUUCGAGAUGGCUUACCAUUGUCCGAUGACGAAAUCCGGAAUUCGAAGGAGCAAAAUCCAAUCUUCAUUGAGAUGGAUCAAAACGACUCGUCAAUGAGCAGACCCCAUAUCAUGGCCACUCAGUACUCCGAAGAUCCCCUUUCGGAAUGGUCCUCGUGCACCCGUUUGGCAUAUUUUGAUGUAUGUGGGGCUCCUGGACGUGAACCCCAUGACGAGUCUCUGGUCAGCGAAGGCGGGUUCAAUCGCGUUCAAGCAUCAGACCCAAGUGAGCCAGGAUGUCUUGCACUCGCAAAGCAGUGGCUUGACGCCUGCUCGACAAAUCACUCAAGAUGUCGGUGCCAAGUAUCCGAGAAGCUUCCGUUCCGGGUGUUGGAUGUGUCUGAGGCUAUGCGAGUGGUAAGACUCGUUGCGGGAGACAGUCACUCGGGACGCUAUGCUGCGCUGUCCUACUGUUGGGGUGGGGAGCGAGGUUUAUGCCUUCUUAACAGCACUAAAGACACCCUUUACAAUGGUAUUUCGCCUUCUGCUUUCCCCAAAGCUCUCAGCGACGCUGUGGUUGUGACCAAAAGCUUGGGCUUGCGCUAUCUGUGGAUCGAUGCGCUUUGCAUUCAGCAGGAUGACACCGAGGACUGGGCCCAACAGGCGGCUCAAAUGAGUGAAAUUUACAAGGGAGCCGCAGUUACGUUGGAAAUCGCUUCGGCAUCGAAACCAAGUGAGGGCUUUUUAAAGCCUCGGAAUAAUCUCAAGCCGUAUGUGAAGUUGGAAUGGCGCCGUCCGGACCAGAAACUCGCAACAGAAGCAGUGCAGCUUCGGCCUGCCGACGAAAUCCCGGAGUCGGGGCUGAAUGAUGCCUACAUCUUCUCUCGAGGCUGGACGCUGCAGGAGAGAGCCCUUGCGCCAAGAACGUUGAGCUACGGCAGGCACCAAAUGUCGUACGAAUGUGUCGAGGGUGUGCAGGAUGAGUCAGGGGUUUUUGAUGGCGAACUGGGAAGUGGAGUCGGUUAUCACUUGCGCAAAGAGACUAUGCACACUAUUCGUCGUCAGCAGAAUUACAUCCAUCCGUGGCUUCAGAUGGCGGUCAAGGCUCUCGCGAUCCCGGACCCAAUCCGUACCCCCUGGAUGAUCUUUUCCUUCUUCAACGCUUUACCUCUGUCCCCUUUCCGAAGAUUCGAGUCUUGCUACGGGUACUGGAAAGAAAUGAUAGCACGCUUUUCAGAUCGUCAGCUGACGGUGAUGGAAGAUCGAUUGCCAGCCAUCGGCGGACUGGCAAAGGAAAUUCAGAAGGCCACGAGAGACAUGUACUAUGCUGGCCACUGGCGCAGCGAGCUUUUGGAAUCUCUUGCCUGGGAAGCCAGUCCCGCCUUCAACCCUCACAGCGACAGGCAUCGAAUCACGCCACUGGAUGUCCCAACCGAUCACAUUUCUGACUGGCCAAACGGCGUCUUCCCCUCAACGUACGUUGCACCCUCUUGGUCGUGGGCAUCCGUUCGCACUUCAGUCCACUACUGGCCCCAUACCUACCACCGCCUCGCCAAAAUUGUCGAUGUACGCGUGGUGCCGAAACACGGAGAUCCUUUUGGCCGUCUUGAGAGUGGUUAUCUUGACAUCGUUGGUCAAACGCUGCGCAUUCCCACCGUACUACAAUCUUGUGAGUCGGCAUAUCCUUUCCCGGCUCUACACAACUACACUAGAAUUAUGGCUUUGGCUACUGGACGCUUCAAACAGAUCGCUCAUUUGGAGGGCAGCGAUGCGACGGCCCACGAGUUCUUCCAACAUCAUCGAGAACAUCCGCAGCAAGAGUUUGCGUUCCUCAAAAUUCUGCGUCGGAAAGAAGACACCGUCGAAUACUGGCUCUUGUUGGAGUCUUGUGGAGACGAGACAUGGAGAAGACUCACUCUUUUGCAGAUGAAUCCUGGGCCACACGACUGGAGGCUGUAUUUCGAGGGCCAAAGCGAAGAAACUUGUACACGUCUAAGCGUGAAUCGAAACCGUUGGGGUUACUUUGUUAAAGAUUCGAAAAAACUGAUGGAAGAUCAUGAAGAGAGGCAGGCCAAGCUGCUGGAGAUCGCUUUACGACACGAGCGAUUGCGGGCUGAAAUCUUCGCUGCCCCUUUCAAGAAAGAGAAACUUCGCAUUACCUGA